UUAACCAUUAAAAGCUCUUCACUUUGAAAACAAAAACAGUGUUCAUCAUGACAGACGAAGUGAAGAAUUAUUUGAUGAAACUGAUCAAUUCAGUUGAUGGUUUACUGGCGAUAGCAGUUACAGACAGAGAUGGAGUACCCCUCUUGAAAGGUUCAACUGAGCAGGUACCAGAACUAGCCUUGCGUCCAAAUUUUCUAUCCACGUUUGGUACAGCCAUAGAACAAGCCAACAAAAUAGGGUUUCAGCAGAGUAAAAGUUUUAUAUGUUUAUAUCAAAACUAUCAGGUUGUUCAGAUAAACAAAAGUCCAGUGGUGCUAACAUUUAUUGCAGAUAGUAAUACAAAUACGGGCUUAUUGUUAAAUUUGGAAGCAGACAUGAAUGACAUUAUAAAUGAAGUUUCAAAAGUGGUGUCAACAUCAUAGCAGGGAUGCCAUACUGCAAAAUACUGUCUAUAUCUUUAUAUAUAAAUUGUAUGUGCAAUAAAAUAAUCAAUUGAUACAAUAUACCCUGUUGUGAGAGACCACUCUUUCUGUCUAACACUAAAAAAUGGUCUUUUUGAGGUGAUUUACCUAUCAAAAAAUAAGUGAUGAGUUGUAAUGCUCACAAGGUCUACCAAAAGAAGAUUGGUCUCUUACUCUUAACACAGGUCUACUGUACUAACAAAAUAUAAAUGGAAUUCUAUCAGGAAUGAGCAUGUAAAAUGCAUAACAACUUAGAUAUAAUAAAAGUCUUGAAAUAAUGUUGAGACAUUUCCAAAGAAUUGAUUGGUAUGGUGUUGAUUUUCUUAAAUUUAGUUAAUAUUGAUUUUUUGAUAUUUUAUUUAUGAAAUAGACUUAGUUUUAUUGCAAUUUUCAUUAUUAUUAAAUUUUAAACAUUUUUCUACACUUUUUGAUCUGUAAAUACUUACUUUUUCAUGAAUUUUAAAAUUUUAAUAGAUAUGCGUUGUUGAAAUAUACAUCUGGUGCAGUAAAAGUAGUACUGUUGUUCAACAUUUUUGUAAUUGAUUUCAGUUUUGAUUUAAUUAUUAUACUAUAUGACAAUUUUUGGAAAUGUUAAAAAAACAUUUCAGGUUUUUCCUUUCAGUAGCUAUUCCCCAAUAGAUCACUAGUUGAAAUAUAUUUCAUAGUGUGUUCUGUAAUAUUUCAUUUGAAUAAAGUUUUUCUUUGGAUUUGUAAAGGGCAAGUUUAAGUUUGUAAUUAUUUGUAAUAAAAAUAAAAAUGUUUUCAUCAAA